AUGCAUGUCAAAGAACAAGAUAAUUUUCUCGUAGGGAUUCAGCAUGCCUUGAGUCUACCAAUUCGCACACGAUGUGCGGAAUUAACAGUGCUAUUAGAUCGUGCCAGCUUGCUACAACAACACAAUCUCUUUCCAGUUUUAAUAGAUAAUAUAUUUGGCCCACAAGGCACCCUGUCAUGGGGUCUUCGAACUACUACAGAAACACAAUGUGAAGAUUUUCGGCAACUGCAACACUUUUUGUCACCUUGUGGACCACUCUUCAAAUUGAUUUAUACCCUGCUCAAAGAUUCCAAUAUCAAAUAUGAUUUUCCACUAGCUUUUCUCCCAACAAAAAUCAGGCAAUUUCUUGAACAUUCCUCAGGGCAUCCAUUCUAUUCUGAGUUAUGCCACAUCAAUUCUCAGGCUAAGCAUGUUGUAUCUUUAAUGCUGAAUCCCUUUGACUUCUACAUGUUCCAUUUUGCCUAUCACCUGAUCAAUCCAUGGCAACAAAGAGCUGGUUCUGCUGUGACCUCUUGGAACACUGUUUACUAUGUGCUUUGCUGUGAUUACAUUAUUCAUUUUCUGCCUACUGAACCAGGAGCAGUGGUGUUGCCCCUUAUUUAUUACAAUGGCAAAAAUCCACUACAAGCAAUGAACAGAAAUCUCUUUGAACAACAGCCAAAAAGUUCAGGUCUUAUAAAUGCUAAAACUUUAGCAAACGCCAAUGAAGACUCAUUUCAAAAUAAUUUAGAUGUUCACCACCCUCGGAAUGACAUAUGGCGAAGUGAAAGUGUUCUGACAAUUUUCACAGACAUGUGGUUGCACAAUAAUCAAGUCAACGAAACUGACAGCAGUUUGAGCAGCUCCUAUAAUUCAUCACCCUCAAUGAGGUCCUUCCAUCAUAAUGAAUUACCGACUGGCGAAUACAUGAGAAUAAUCAGGGUGCUAAUAAAACAGUUGCAUUCCUUUCAUGCCAGUGCCCGAGCUGAUGACACUUACAUGGGGGAACUGAAAAAAAUUUCACUUCACAUGAUACAGGGGAAGUUUUACAUUUUCCUGAGAAACUUGAUCCAUCGUUGGCCAUUGGAUGGCUCGUUUCGGCUCGUUUUGGAGCUGUGGCUCAGCUUCAUACAACCUUGGAGGUAUCCUCCAAAUAAUCUGAUUAAGCACAUCAACAAAAAAGAGACCAAUCCUGAUCUCGAUGAUAUCACGGCGGGAUCUCAAAACGGAGUGGAAAAGGAGUUUAUACCGUUUAUUGCAGAAAAUCUACUGGCUUUUGUGGUUAUUUUCCAACAGCUUUUACCGAGGUUCGGUAGAGUAGACUUGGUCAGUCCGAAGAUGUCUCUUAUGCUGUACAGAAUAUCCAAAGUUUUCGAUCAACCCAACUUGCCGGAGUUCAUAAGAGAAGUCGAGCGUUGCGUGGAAAACAACAAUUCGCCCACGCACAAAUUCAACAACGAUCCAUGGAAAAACAACUUGCCGCCCCUCAAUCCCACCGCCACGUGGUCUACCAACACCGGGGGCAGGAAUCUGCUGGCCGCCCCUUUCUUGGGCGGUGAGCCGCCCGCAGACAGAAAAUGGGCGGCAAUCGUACGGCAAAGGAUUUUCGAGCUGGAAGGACCCAAUUUCGUUUAUAGACCGCUGUUUUCAGAGCCGCCUGCUCCGGAGGUAUUCGAGCUGAUUAUGCAGAUAAAAAGAUCCAUAAGAUACGCUGAGGAAUUGGUGAGGAACAAGGAACGUGAAGAGGAAGAAUUGUACUCGGGAUUCUGGGGCAGUAUCAAGUAUUUCUUUCAGAACCCAGUGCCAAACGACGAGUUUACUUUGAAGGAUCGUCAGAAGGUGCCCAUGUAUUUACAAGUUUCGCUGCAGAACCUCAUGGAUAUGUUCAACAUUACCACCGAGAUAUUAGAUCGUGAACCGGAACUGGAACCAGCGCCAUCUUAUGGAAGCAGUGCUUUCGAUAUGUCCGACGACAUGAAAUUCCUGACCCCCGAAAAAGUGAGAACGAGAAUCAAAAGUAUCAGAUAUGAUGGGGACCCGGAUUUGCACCCCAUUAAAACCUCAGAAAACACCUUUCUGGUUAGGACCUUGUAUCAGAUUGCCCAAAAAAUUAACGAAAUUUACGGGCCGACGUUCUACCAGCUGUACCAUAGCCCGACUUUUGCGGGCCGUCUCGCCCAAGAGAUCCUAUGCCCGCCCAGGACCGUCUUCAGGUACGACAAAUCCACGAUGGGCUCGCCCCGAGUGGGCAGCCAUCUGCCGCCCAGGGUGAGUCUGCGCUUCAUGGGCAGCUACAAGUUCAUGGCGUACUUUUUGCUGGGUGCUUUAGUAGCUUGGAUGCUGGGGUACAGUGCCAUUUUCGACGUGAUAAUGAAAAUGGUGUACGGAGUGACUUGGAUCACCCCUGUGGGGGUGUGUAGUCUGAUCUGCAGCAAAAUUCUCUCUGUGAACGAUUUGUAUCGAGUGACUGUCCAAUUGGGGUGGUUUAUAAUGACUGUUUUGAUCGGUGUCAUGUUGUAUCAACUAGUGAUUAUGCAACUGUUGUACAUGGUCAUCGUCAAGAAGAAUCCCUAUCAGUAUUAUGUAGCGUUGGCGCCAGGAAUGUUGACUGCAUUCGCGACGGCUUCCACAGCAGCUUCUCUACCGAUCACUUUCGAGAUAAUGGACAAAAAAGUGAUGAUAGAACCGAAGAUAAGCAGAUUUGUACUUCCCAUAGGAUGCAAUGUGCACCUGGAUGGAACGGCAAUGUUCCUACCUAUAGCAACCAUUUUUAUUGCACAAAUAUCCGGAAUCUCAUUGGGAAUCGGAAAAUUGAUCACAGUAGGCAUUGUAUCUGUCAUCACUUCCCUUUCUUCUGCAAGUGUUCCCAGUGGUGCAUUGGUACUCCUUUUAUCCGUACUUGCCUCGAUUGACGUAUUUGUUCCGGAAGUGUCUCUAUUAUUCGCCAUAGAUUGGCUUGUCGAUCGUAUUCGUACCACAAAUAAUAUGCUUGGCAAUUGUUACACUGCCGCCAUAGUUGAAAAGUUGUCGAAAAUUGAGUUAUCGUUGGAUGAUUCUACUGUUAUAAAGAAAGAAUGCCAUGAUGUUUUAGAGACUCUGGUGAAGAAACCAGGAGAUUCUAUUGAUUUUGUAUAA